GCAUUCUCCGCCAUUUCAGAAUUCAGGUUCACUACGUACUUGUAGAGGUACAGCAGUCCGGCUCCAGGUGUUUAUUUGUCCAUCACGUGAGCGGGAAAGGCGCUAGGGAACAACCGGCAUCCGAACGUCGACCUUUGCACCUCGCAACUCCAAGUCCAAAGCGGGAGACUGACCCAUCACCACCUUUCCCAUCCCUCAAUUGCAAGAUGAGCUCCCUCCGUUUCGCUCGCUCUGCUCUCCGGGCUCGUCCCGCUGCCUUCCGCGUGCCUAUCCAGCGCAGAGGCUACGCUGAGGCCGUCUCCGACAAGAUCAAGCUUUCCCUGGCUCUCCCUCACCAGACCAUCUUCCGCUCCGCUGGCGUUGUCCAGGUCAACAUCCCCGCUGAGUCCGGAGAGAUGGGUGUCCUCGCCAACCACGUUCCCUCCAUCGAGCAGCUCAAGCCCGGCCUUGUCGAGAUCAUGGAGGAGGGCGGUGCCAGCAAGAAGUUUUUCCUGUCUGGUGGAUUCGCCGUUGUUCAGCCCGACUCCCAGCUGAGCAUCAACGCUGUUGAGGGUUACGCCCUUGAGGACUUCAGCAUCGACAGUGUUCGUUCCCAGAUCACCGAAGCCCAGAAGAUUGCUGGUGGCAACGGCAGCGAGCAGGACAUUGCUGAGGCCAAGAUUGAGCUUGAGCGAGCGCCACUCUAUACCAUGAUUGAAGACUUGGCAACGGAUAUCACGACUCCAUUGGCACAUGAACGAGAACCUUUAGAGGAAAACGACGUCCCCGGCGGCCAUUCUAUUGACAGCCCUCGAAGUUGGCACGUAAGGACCACACUUUCCGAACCACUGGGAUCCGCUUCGGUGUCUAUGCCUCAGAAUCGUUCGCACAAGUUUGGCCGUUUCAGCAGUGAUGACGCCUACAAUGACUUUCUCUUCACUUUCCCCAGACUAUAUCCAGACUUAGCUUCCGAAAAAGACCCUUUCAUCGAUAGCCGUGGAAUUCCUUUGAAUCCACAUAAUACACCGAUAUCUCAGAGUGGCCAUCAAUCUGAGAUUGGAUCAUUCGAGAAAUAUAAGCGGCAUGAUCCCUCUCCCAUAAAGUCUGAUAAGCGUGCGCUCGGUCGACUGGGUAAUACCGCCAGAUCAGACGGCAGCCAACUCACCUCUCUUUCCUUCGGCAGUGAAGCAACAUGGAGACCGCCGAAACCGCCCAAGCCUUCUUUUCUCUCUUGUAUCGAUAAUCCACUUCAGAGAGAAGCCACGAACGCCCAGCCGCCCUUUCGAGCAAAGAGGCCUGGCAGAGGUGACGAGAAAGCCUUGCCAGAAACCCCUUAUCGAUCUUUACCCUUACGAGCGAGUCGGGACUCUAACCAACCCAUUGAGCAUCCUGCCACUGACCAGGGUCCGGACUGUCGGCCAGCGCGACCAAAACAGUCGUGGGAAACUAAAAAAGUUGCUCCACCCCGGUUCUUUCCUCUGCAAUUAACGCGUCAAGAGUUAGAAGCCUUGAGCGCCCCGCUAAACAAUCCAAAAAUGCCAUUUCCUGCUCCUAUACCGACGAUAGAAAACCUUCCUCUAAGACGAGGCGCUGUAAACUCUGGCCGGUACGAGGCCGGCCGAUCUCAAGUUGAUGGCGAUAACUCUUCGAGGACCGGAUUAAAUCGGCCUAGGGCCAGAAAAGAGUCGUUGAACGACACUCUGUGGGAACUUUCGCGGAAUAUCUUUGAGCAGCUCAAAAUGAACGCUUUUCAUUACUUUAAACCACGGAAACAAGGUCAGAAGCCGACCGUGCGAACCACGGUCACCAUUCCAUUCGUUUCAAGGUGCGAAACUGGCCCUGAAGAGCAAUGUCAGUUCUCUGCUGGCCUCGUUGAUGGCACGUACAUUCUGCAAUUUGAUCUGACCCUCCCACUACUUUCCGUCCAUCGCACCGCUUCACUUGCAGCUGUUAUCCGCCAUCGUAUGACUUCCAAAAUUGCCCUAGUGGCUGCUUUCCUUGUGCGGGAUCUCAUAAAAAUUACAACCCUGGUGCUCCUUUAUGUGUUCCGAAUCGAUAUCGCAAUUGAAAUGAAACGGGUAUAA